AUGGAUCCGACCGAAACGGGCGCCGACCGACUGUGGCGUCGUCUGCGCGAGGACCCGCUCACACCGAUCGGCUCUGUCCUGACCGCAGCGGCUUUGACGUACGCGACCGUUCAGCUCCGGCGCGGCAACCAGAAACUGUUUCAGCGUGCGCUGCGGUACCGUGUCGCCUUCCAGGCCGUCACGGUCGGCACGGCCGCCGUCGGCCUGCUGUACUUCCGCACGCCCAAGUCGCGCGUGCCGCCGCCAGGCCCUGACGGCAAGCCCCAGAAACUCGAGGCUUGGAAUCCGGAGAAGAUCGAGCGCCGCGAGCGCGAGACGGACGCCGAGUGGCACGCCCGCAUGGCCGGUGCACAGUCGCGCGACGAUCGCGAAAUGCAGGCGAUCGAACGCAUGGUCCAAGAAGCUAUACAGCGACGCAAGGAGCGCGAGCAGCAGGCACCUGCUCACAGCGACGCUCCGUCCGACACGCCAGCGCCGUCCGUGCUCGAUCGCAUCGGUCAGGACAAGCGCCGCUUCACCUUCUAA